AUGAAGGUUCGCUCAGAUGAGAUCGACAGGCAGAUUGAGGAAGACUCGCAGAAGUUCAGAAAGGAAUGUAAGAUCCUCUUACUAGGGAGCAGAGAAUCGGGCGGGUCGACAAUUGUGAAGCAGAUGAAGAUCAUGCAUCAGAAUGGAUACACCCGCGAGGAGUUAUCGGCAUAUCGACUCACCGUUUACCGGAAUCUUCUUGAGAGUGCUCAAGCGAUUGUACUGGCUAUGCGUGAGCUUGCGAUUGACCCCGUCUUACCCGCGAACCGCGCCUACAUUGACACGAUCCUGGUAUACAAGGUCGACCCGCCCUCAUCAAUAACAGCCGCAUCAUCCUCCGUUGCUGGUGCCAACACCGCAACUGCGACGGGUGAAUUCAGCGAAGAGGUGGCGGCUGCAAUCGACGCUCUCUGGAGUGAUCCCAUAAUCCCUAAGAUCAUGGAUCACAGUAGUGAAUUCUACUCGAUGAACUCUGCAAGCUACUUCUUGAGCGAGGUGCGACGAAUAGGCAAACCGGGUUAUGUGCCAACGGAGACGGAUGUUCUACAUGCGCGACAGAAAUUGACGGGGAUUGUAGAAACGAGAUUCAAUAUGGGUCAACUAAGUAUACGCAUCGUCGACGUCUGCGGACAACGAGGUGAACGAAGGAAGUGGAUACAUUGCUUUGAGCACGUAACGUCGAUCAUUUUUUGCCCAGCGCUUUCGGAAUACGACCAGGUGUUGUUGGAGGAGUCAUGCCGGACUCGGAUGGUGGACAGCUUAGUGCUAUUUGAGUCGGUCAUCAACUCGCGAUGGUUCUUACGGACGAGUAUCAUGCUGUUCCUGACCGAGAUUGACGUGUUCAAGAGUAAACUACUGAAGGUGCCGUUAGAGAGGUAUUUCCCAGAAUAUACAGGUGGGGCGGAUAUCGACAAAGCGGUGAAGUACAUCUUAUGGAGGUUCAUGCAGGCGAACAGGGCACGGUUAUGUAUAUACCCUCAUCUGAUACAAGGGACUGAUAUGGGGAACAUACGACUGGUGUUUGCGGUUGUGAAAGAAACGAUAUUACAUAAUGCGUUGAAAGAUGCGGGAAUACUAUAA